AUGCUUCAGGAAAGAUCUCACAAAGAGGUGAGAGAAAACAUAAUUGAGCAGGGGACCUAUCUCCACCAAGAACUAGAAAAAAUCAUUCAAAAUCAUCUGAAGGAAGCAAAGAAAAUAGAGGAAGAAGACCUUUCAAUUUUAGGAAAGCAGAUUUCAGAUAUGAAAUCAAUUCUCUCUGAGAUUCAGAAAAUUACUAAAGAAAAUCAGAAUCUUCUGAAGACAAAAACCAUUAAAAACGUUUUGAAACAUGAGUCGGAGAAUGAAAGAUUCCCAGAAGUGCAAAAAUUAAUCGAGUUAUCGCCUCCAUCUUUCGUGUCUCAAAGGAUUCCUCAAGAAGCAUUAAGCCAGCUGUUUGGGACACUCACCUGUUCUGUCAGAAGAGAGACGCGUCAUUAUCUUAUACCCUCUGCGACUAAUCUUCGAAGCAAAAGAGAGGGCCUCAGAAUACCUGAAAUAAUACGAACAUGGAGAACUGGAUUGAAAGUCUCACCAAAAAUUUCCUGUUGUCUUGAAUCGGAUGACUGUUACGUUAGAUCUAGUAGCACUAUCAAACAAUUUAGCGCAACUGGAAAUGAGUUAAAUGUGACAAAAUUAAAAUCGGAGAGUCAUUUUCUCAUUGAUAUAACAGUUUCGAAAAAUAACACUUUGUUUUACAGUGAUAACCGCGACAGAAGUGUUAAUUUUGUAAAAAAUAACACAAUAAAAACCCUAAUAACACUUGAUGGUUGGAAACCAUUAGCUAUAUGUUCCUCUUCUACUGGUGACAUUUUAGUUUCAAUGCAAACAGAUGACGAAAAACAAAGCAAAGUUGUCCGAUAUUCUGGGACUACAGUCUCUCAGGAAAUUCAGUACAAAGAUAUAAGUACACCUUUGUACUCAAACCCAUUAUUCAUUUGUGAAAAUACAAAUUUUGAUAUAUGUAUUUCUGACUGGGAUAAGAACUCUGUAGAAGUUGUUGAUAGCGAUGGAGAGUUCAUUUUCAGUUAUGAAGGAAACCGAGCUUUGACAAAAUAUAAAGAUAAGUUUAAUCCCCGAGGCCUUGCAUGUGACAGCUUGUCUCAUAUUUUGAUAACCGACUUUCUGAAUAACCUUGUGCAUAUUAUUGAUCAUAACGGACACUUUCUCCGAUUUAUUGACAACUGUAACCUUCACUGUCCACAAGACGUGAGCGUGUCCAGAGACAAUAAGCUUUAUUUGGUGGAAAAUUCAAAGGAGGAAUUAAAAGUAAUCAGUUAUCUUGUCUAG